AUGGUCGCCGCUGCUGUCCGGAUGCGCACCCCGAGUGCCAUGCUCCGAGGCGCCGCCUCUAUGCGGCGGCCUCAGGUCUCCUACAAGUUCCAGGAGGUGAUGCAAUCCCAAUUGCCCACCCUCUCCGCUCUCUCCCGCUUCUAUGCCUCCAAGUCUUUCCCUUCGCACACGAUUAUCAGCAUGCCGGCCCUGUCGCCGACGAUGUCCGCGGGAAACAUUGGCGCGUGGCAGAAGAAGGCCGGUGACGGCCUCCAGCCUGGUGAUGUCCUGGUGGAAAUUGAGACCGACAAGGCACAGAUGGAUUUCGAAUUCCAGGAUGAGGGUGUUCUCGCCAAGGUCCUGAAGGAGACUGGUGAGAAGGACGUCCCCGUGGGCUCGCCCAUUGCUGUCCUGGUUGAGGAGGGUGCUGAUGUGGCGCCGUUUGAAUCUUUUACCCUGGCCGACGCUGGUGGCGACAAGCCUGCCCCUGGCGAGCAGAAGAAGGAGGAGCCUAAGAGCGAGCCGUCGGCCCCGGCGGAGCCCGAGCCCGUCGCGCAGGAGCCUGAGACCUCUGGCGAGAAGCUGCAGCCCAGUUUGGACCGUGAGCCCUCGAUCAGCCCCGCAGCCAAGGCCCUGGCCCUGGAGAAGGGUGUGUCGAUCAAGACUCUGAAGGGAACUGGCCGCGGUGGUCAGAUCACUAAGGAGGAUGUGGAGAAGUUCAAGCCCAGCGGCGCCGCCACGGCGGCCGGUCCGACCUAUGAGGACAUCCCCCUGACCUCGAUGCGCAAGACCAUCGCCAACCGUCUCAAGCAGUCGAUGCACGAGAACCCGCACUACUUUGUGUGUACUACGCUGUCGGUGACUAAGCUCCUGAAGUUGCGCCAGGCCCUGAACGCGUCGGCUGAGGGCAAGUACAAGCUGUCUGUGAAUGACUUCCUGAUCAAGGCUUGCGCUGCGGCUCUCUUGAAGGUGCCCCAGGUCAACUCCAGCUGGCUCGAGGAGAAUGGCCAGACGGUGAUCCGCCAGCACAACACUGCUGACAUUAGCGUUGCGGUCGCGACCCCUGCUGGCCUGAUCACUCCGGUGGUCAAGAACGCGCAGGCGCUGGGUCUGUCGAGCAUCUCGAACCAGGUCCGCGACCUGGGCAAGCGUGCGCGUGACAACAAGCUCAAGCCCGAGGAGUACCAGGGCGGCACCUUCACCAUCAGCAACAUGGGCAUGAACGCGGCCGUCGAGCGGUUCACCGCGGUCAUCAACCCGCCGCAGGCCGGCAUCCUCGCCGUGGGCACCACUCGCAAGGUAGCCAUUCCCGUCGAGACUGAGGAGGGCACUGUGACCGAGUGGGACGACCAGAUCGUCGUGACUGGCAGCUUCGACCACAAGGUGGUGGACGGUGCCGUUGGUGGCGAAUGGAUCAAGGAAUUGAAGAAGGUGGUCGAGAACCCUCUGGAGCUGCUGCUGUAG